UGUAAUUUAGUCGCGUAUGCGUGCUGGUCCAGAGGGCGUCGAGUUGUGCUGGAAGCACCACUCUACCCUGGUCGUGUUGAGCAGGAAGAACGGGAAAGGUUUUGCCUUUUUAUCAAGCCCACGCACUCAAAUCCCGAUCCACGCGUUUGCGUUUUCGAGCGUGGUAGUAAUCCGAAUCUGCCGCUUCCUAAAGCAAGAAGCCGAUUUGCUCGCCCUCAUGGUUACCACGCCCGAACUACUGGGAGCAAAGGAAUGUUUGUUGUGCACAAUUUUGAAUACACUUCGGAACAGGGGGAACCUGCAGCUCAGCGUGUACCACCAGAAGAGGUUCCCAUCCUACCAGCGGGCUCUGGCAACGUGGAAAAUCAGGGAAUUGGCGGCGGCUGUGUCAGCCCUUCGGAAGUCGUUGAAACUUGCCCUCAGUCUGUAACAGCGGAGUCACCCAGCUGGACAGCUUCGGUCACGGAGAACUCCCCCAGCUGCAUUGUGAAGGCAGCGGCGGAACCUCCCAGUGCAACUGAAUUUCUCACGGCAAACUCGCCCAGCUGGACAACUCCUGUUCGUGUGAAUAUGCCUGAGCCGACUCUGCCAUCGCCUACCAAUAUGACAGGAACAAUCAGUUCAACCGUGCCUUCUCCUCCUCAUCUGGACUCGCCAAAAUGGAAGGCAUUUGAAAAUUCAUUUAGAUCAUUCGAUGUGCGUGCAGAAGUCUUGCACGAUGCGACGAUUGAUGAGGGAGACAAUGGUGCUGAUGAGGUGGAUGAGUUGAAAAGAAGCCUGAGUGAGAAUAAGGGAACAGCAGAUUCGGAGUCACGUGGCGACAAGAACGAUGGAAACUCGGUGAAGUCGGGUGAGCCCGAGAACACCAACGCCCAAGCUGCAUCGCUCCAUUUCCACGCGGAUGGAGAUGAUGCGGAGGAGCCUGUUCUUCUCGGUAUGAACAGCACUCUCGAACCGACCCAGUCGGCAUCGUCGAUUUCCAGCGAGGAUCUCAUGGAGAAUCCGGGUAAGCCGAACAUGUAUUACCGUAGUGACAACGAUCAUGACAUG